UAUGGAGAGGUAAUUGUUGUUGGAAGUGCUGUUCUUGUUGAAAUUGAUUCAUAUGAACUUCCUGCUAUCUAUUUUGUGGAAUACAUGUUUGAAUCAUCAGAGGGAAGCAAAAUGUUUCAUGGACGGAUGAUGCAGAGAGGAUCUGAAACUGUACUGGGCAAUGCUGCUAAUGAGAGAGAGGUGUUUCUAACAAAUGAUUGUGGGGAUUUUGAAUUGGAGGAUGUGAAACAGACUGUUGUUGUGGAUAUUCGGUUAGUUCCUUGGGGAUAUCAGCACCGGAAAGAUAAUGCCAACAUGGCCAAAUCUGAUAAAACAAAAGCAGAAGAGCGGAAGAGAAAAGGAUUGCCAAUGGAGUAUUAUUGCAAAAGCUUGUAUUGCCCUGAUAGGGGAGCUUUCUUUAGGCUUCCCUUUGAUAGUUUGGGUUUGGGUUCUGGUUUCUGUUACUCUUGCAAAGUUAAGGAUGUUGGAAAGGACAAAGAAAUGUUUAAAGUGAAUUCUUUAAAGACAGGCUUUGUGUACAGGGGAAUUGAGUACUCUGUCCAUGAUUAUGUCUAUGUAAGCCCCCAUCAAUUUGCACUAGAAAGGGCUGAGAAUGAAAACUUUAAAGGUGGGAGGAAUAUAGGCUUGAAGCCUUAUGUUGUGUGCCAAGUGCUGGAGAUCAUUGUACCAAAAGAACAGGAAAGAGCUGGAAAGGAGUCCACCCAGAUUAAAGUCAGGAGAUUUUUCAGGCCAGAGGACAUUUCAUCUGAGAAAGCUUACUCUUCUGAUAUUCGAGAGGUCUAUUAUAGUGAAGAAACACAUAUUUUGUCUGUUGAGGCAAUAGGAGGGAAAUGUGAAGUCAGAAAGAGGAAUGACCUUCCAGAAGCCAAUGCUCCAGCAAUCUUUCAUCAUAUCUUUUUUUGUGAUCGCAUUUAUGAUCCUUCCAAAGGUUCCCUCAAGCAGUUACCCACUCAGAUCAAACUAAGGUACUCCACUGGAAUUGUGGACAAUGACAUUGCAUAUCAAAAGAAAAAGGGAAAGGGUAAAGAGGGGGAGAAUGAGUCUGAAGUUAAGAAACAAAGAGAAGCAGCUCAGGAGAAUCGCUUGGCUACAUUAGACAUAUUUGCAGGUUGUGGUGGCCUGUCAGAGGGGUUGCAGCAAUCUGGUGCAUCAUUAACUAAAUGGGCAAUCGAAUAUGAAGAGCCUGCUGGAGAUGCAUUUAAACUCAAUCAUCCUGGGUCUUUGGUGUUUAUUAAUAACUGUAAUGUGAUUCUGAGGGCUAUUAUGGAGAGGUGUGGGGAUGCAGAUGACUGUAUCUCCACUUCUGAGGCAGCUGAGUUAGCUGCAUCACUAGAUGAGAAAGAGAUUAAUAAUUUGCCUUUGCCGGGGCAAGUAGAUUUCAUCAAUGGAGGUCCUCCUUGCCAGGGUUUCUCUGGAAUGAAUAGGUUUAAUCAAAGUACAUGGAGUAAAGUACAAUGUGAGAUGAUUUUAGCAUUCUUGUCAUUCGCUGAUUACUUUCGGCCAAGGUAUUUCCUCCUAGAGAAUGUGAGGAACUUUGUGUCUUUCAAUAAAGGACAGACGUUUCGUUUAACUCUGGCUUCACUUCUUGACAUGGGUUAUCAGGUGAGGUUUGGUAUUUUGGAAGCUGGAGCCUAUGGAGUUUCCCAAUCAAGAAAACGAGCAUUUAUAUGGGCAGCCUCCCCUGAAGAGACUCUUCCGGAAUGGCCAGAGCCAAUGCAUGUCUUUGCUGUGCCUGAGCUGAAAAUCACAUUAUCAAAUAAUUUGCAGUAUGCAGCUGUGAGAAGUACUGCAAGUGGAGCCCCUUUCCGUGCAAUUACUGUGAGAGAUACAAUCGGUGAUCUGCCAGCUGUAGGAAAUGGGGCCUCAAAGACAAAUUUGGAGUAUGAAAAUGAACCCAUCUCAUGGUUUCAAAAGAAAAUUCGAGGGAACAUGGCUGUCCUGACUGAUCAUAUAUCAAAGGAAAUGAAUGAGCUUAAUCUGAUUCGGUGUCAAAAGAUUCCAAAGCGACCAGGUGCAGAUUGGCAUGACCUUCCAGAUGAGAAGGUAAAACUCUCGACUGGACAAGUGGUAGAUUUAAUACCCUGGUGCCUUCCAAAUACAGCCAAAAGACACAAUCAGUGGAAAGGGCUGUUUGGAAGGUUGGAUUGGGAAGGGAACUUCCCAACUUCCAUCACAGACCCUCAACCGAUGGGAAAGGUUGGAAUGUGCUUUCAUCCUGAGCAGGACAGGAUUCUCACAGUUCGUGAAUGUGCCCGGUCUCAAGGUUUCCCAGAUGGCUACCAGUUUGCUGGUAACAUUCAACACAAGCACCGGCAGAUAGGAAAUGCUGUUCCUCCUCCUUUGGCAUUUGCAUUGGGGAGAAAACUCAAGGAAGCAUUGGACAGCAAAAGGUCUGUCUAGUUGUAGGGUUUCGGUUAUGGCUUCCAGAAUUGACCAUUCAGACGAAAGAGCUAUUGGAUCUAUAGAAAUAUUGGGCAUUUGUAGAUAAAUUGAUUCACAUUUCUACAAAUAUAGUGUUGUGGUUGGAACUUUUCUACAUGGCCAUGUGAGUUUAAUAAUCUAAAGAUGUGUAAAUUGAUUUACACAUUAGCAAUUUCUACAAGCGGUAGAAAGAAGAAGCGCUGGUAGAUCAAUUGCUUUAUACAUUAGCAAUCAUUAUUUCCAUUUCUUUCUUAUCUUGGCAACAUUACAAUGGCCAUUCUUUGGAGGCUAUGAAAACGCAUGGUCUGCCCAUAUGUAAGUUGUAGGAUGAGAUAUGACAAAUGAUAUAGAAAUCAAACUCUUUCCAUAGACUUA